AGCACAUCCAAUCUCAAGCCGGACGCACAACCGACUCCGCCCUAUCGCUCCUCUUCUUCCAUUGACCUCAUGGAGAAGCCCGUCUUGGACGACAAGGGCCGCUUCCCAGAGCAGCACGACGCGUCGAACGAGCAGCAAAACGCGAAACCUACAGUGCACUACCACCAGGAUACCAACAGUCCUGCUCCUGAGUAUGCGGGCGGUCCCUCGCGCACGAACUCAUUCCCGCUCCAGCAUUCGAGGCAGCCGUCCUAUGCGACAUCCGACGACGGCGAAGAUGAUGACGAGGACUAUGAUUGGAGCGCCGAAGAAGAUCUCGUUGAUGAGGAGGCAAAGUUCGAGAGUCAGAUGGGCAUCAAGCAGAAACGCAAGGGCUGGGGCCCUAAACGGAUCUUCACCCUUCUGUUCGGCUCCUUGAUCGGAUCAAUGUUCGUUGCCGGCCUGCUUGUGGCGGGACCGAUCCUUGUCCACUUCUUCUGGUACAAACCGAACCCGACCGCUCAUCGACGCUACAUCCUGGACAAUAUUGAGGCAUGGCUCUUCUGGGCUGCCGCAAAUGUUCUCAUCUCAUGGUGGCUCGCUAUGAUCAUCGACGUCGUCCCUGCCAUCUUUCGCGGCAUCGUCGCUUUGUCUUGGGGUCAUGUCUCCGAGAAGAUCAAAACCCGCAUCGAGAUGUACAACUCCGUCAGGGGAAGCGUCAAGCCUCUCUUUUAUGCUGCUAGCGGUUGGGUUAGCUGGAUAAUCCUCUUCGAACACAUAUACAAACUCUACGACGGCGACGAUCCCUCGCAGAGUCAAGCUAGUUAUACUGAACGACUUUUCGAUGUCAUCGAGUUCAUCUUCUUCUUGGCUCUCGUCUGGUGUGCUCAGAAAAUGUUGUCCCACAUGAUUGCUUUCGCAUUCCACCAAACUGCAUUCAAAGACCGUAUAGACUACCUCCGUGAGGCCCUCGUCGUGAUCGAGCGUCUGCGCGACUACCGUCCAAAGCACAAACAUCGCAGUGGCGGACGUACCCCCAACUUUUUCGGCUUUACGACGCCCGCCUUCGAGCGAGAUCACAUGAACUGGGGCAUGCGCAGCCGUACUGAUACGCCUGAACCUCUUCGCCACACCCAGGGCCAAACUGACGAGGAAGACCACCUGGACGCAGAUGACGAGGACGCUGGCGGGAAGGGUAAGGCGAGGAAGGGCAAAGCGAAGGAUAAGAAGAAUAGGAUGUCGGCGGUCUCGACUAGGACGGUGACGCCUGAUCCGGAGGCGAUGGCGAAUUCCAGAGGUACGAUGGACAGUCCGUCGAGUCCGCAUAGGUAUCCGCCGGUGUCGCCGGACGGUAUACAGAGAAGGACGUCGGAUGGGAGCGAUGAGAUGGUGGUGAUGCAGGCUGCGAAGGCGUUGAAGAACGCGGUGUUGCAUGAUGCGAGGAAUAUUCAGGGUAAGGAGGGCGAGACUGGUGGACUGGUAUGGGAUGUGACUUCUGCGCAUGAGGCUAAGCGUCUGGCCAGGUCGAUCUACAACACGUUCAAAGAUCGCAAACGUCGUUUUCUUCUGCCCUCCGACUUCGAGCCGGCAUAUGGCACUCCCGAAGCAGCCCAAAAAGCCUUCCGCGUCUUCGACACAGACAACAACGGGGACAUUUCCCGCGCCGAGAUCAAGACCACACUACUCAAGAUCUACAAGGAACGUCGAUUCCUCUCACGGUCGAUGCGCGAUGUCGGCAACGCGCUACACACUCUCGACAGCAUCCUCCUCUUCUUCGCCGCUAUCAUCCUGUUCUUCAUCUCGUUGAGCGUGUUCGGAGUGAAUUUCACGGAGUCGUUGACGAGUGUGUAUACGAUUGGGAUUGCGGCGAGUUUCAUAUUUAGUGCGUCGGCGAGUAAUGCGUUCGAUUCGGUCAUGUUUUUGUUCGUCACACAUCCUUUUGAUACCGGUGAUCGCGUCUUCAUCGAUGAUGAGAACCUGGUUGUCAAGAAGAUGGGUCUGUUCGCGACCAUUUUCGCCCGUGCAGACGGAACGGAGACGUAUUAUUUCAACAGCAUUCUGUUCAACAAGUUCAUUACCAACGCUCGUCGUAGCGACAAAACAUUCGAGAACCUUACGAUGCAACUCUCCUGGCGUACGCCCAUCGAGAAGUUGGACCAGCUCGAGAAGUGCAUCAACGAGUGGCUGCAGAAGGACGAGAACCGGUGGUUCCAGCCGAGCACGUCGAUCAUGUUGCAGAACAUUACGUUCCAGAGGCAUCUUGAGAUCACCAUGGGUAUCGGCCACAACGGGACAUGGCAAGAUUGGGGCCUCCGCCUCGCACGAAAGACGGCCUUCCACGCAGCAGUGCAAUACUAUUGUCGCGAGCUCGGCAUCGUGGCCUACGAAGCACCCAUCCCUAUCGUCUACGCUGACCCCGAUACCGGUACCUACACCCCAACGUCACCCAACAUGGGCUUCGAAGACUUCGACGUCAUCCCGCCCUCGCCUUCCGUCCGUUCGGGCAACUUCGAGUCUUCGCAGGUCAACCUCGCCGUCCCCGGAGCCGCCGCUGCUGCACCAGAUCAGGACAGGGAGAGUGAGAGGGAAAGAGAUAAUGGUGGAUGGGUUCCAGAAAAUGAACGACCGAUUCCUAUUGGUGGGUUGGCGGCACCGGCACCGGCGGAUGCGGAGGUGGCGGGGGUGAAUGGAGCGGGUGCGGGUGCGGGAGUGAGUGCGAGUGGGGUGAAGAGGACGUGGCUUGGGUUUACGCCGUUGGAGGAUGGGAGGGGGAGCGAGGUGAGGGCGAGGAGGGCGAUUAGCAAGAAGGCGGUUAUGAGGGGGAUGGGGGCGGAUGGUUGAUUUUUUCUUCUUCGCUCGACUCUUCCAUCUAAAAUGCAUAUAUGCUGUGGGUUUUGAUUUACUCUUGCCCCUCCUAAUCUUCCUCGUCUUUGAAUCUGCUCGGUCGUCCGACGGCCGACUUGCUUCGCCUUCGCCUUCUUGUACUUACUCGUGCGGGGGCGCAGUCCGACUAGGACGUCGCACUUUUCGUAGAUCGAGCCUUGCGCAUGAUACCUCACUUCAUCCAUUCACCCAUCAUCGUCACGACCCUCCAUCGAUCAUCCAUCCACCCAUCUUCUCCGUUCAUCCAUCCACCCGUCUUCUCCGUUCAUUCAUCCAUCCUCUUCGCCUCGUCAUCAUGAUUAUCGGCGCAUUCAGACUCCGAAUUCAUCAUCCUUUCAAAACACCUCCAUGCCAUGCCUUGAACAACCUAUUCAUAGGAACAUAGAAACAUACAUACAUCUGCGUUGUUGUCGUGUCUUCUCCCCCUUGUUGUUGUUGUUUUGCUCGAUUUCGGUUGUUGUUUGUUGUUCGUUGUGAUGGUCGGUGGGCGGGAGGUUGGAAGUUUCACGUUAACUGACAUUUUAUGUUUCACGUUCAGCCCAUAUCUGCUUCAUGCUCACGACUAUUCGACUCUAAUUGCACAUCUCUCACCCUCAUCAUUCUCCUCAUGUCAUCGACCCGAUCCUUAGCAUCCAAGGUGUCUUCAUCGCCUUCAGAAUCCACAUCACCCUCGUCGCAUCAUCCAUAUCGUCUCGCCUCGGCCUCAUCCAUCGCCACACAUUGUUUCAUCUGAGUACAUUUAUUCUGCCUUAUUUUCUUUUACAUUUACGUCCGCAUCCAGUUUGUCCUUUGCUGAUUCUACUUCGUGCUAAGGCUACCACUUUCGCAAUUGACCAUCUUC